AUGAUUACAACAAAUUGUAAUCUUUCUUUCUUUCUUUCUUUCUUUCUUUCUUUCUUUCUUUCUCUUUUUUCUUUCUUUCUUUCUCUUUUUUUCUUUCUUUCUUUCUUUCUUUCUGUUUCAUUUCCUGGAAGUGACAGUUUGAUAAGAGUCUCCUUAACUCAAUCUAUGAACGGAUCUAAAGAGGAAGACCAGUCCUACAUGGGCAGCAACCAAGUUCAAGAGGAAGAGGAAAGCAUCCCAGAAUUCAAGGUAUCUGAAACGGAUAUUGCAAGGACAAAGAAUAAUAUACAACAGAAGCAGACACAGUUGGUUUUGUACACCGUGGUCACCAUAGCGAUCAUUGUGGCGGUCAUUAUUACUUUGAUUGGCCUUUGGAAUGAUCCUGUGUGCUGUUUUUUUUACACCCUCUGUCCCUGCUGCCUCCUUAGCUAUCCGUGCCUACUGUACCUUUCGAAAAAGUAUAGCGAACCAAAGAAGAUUUUACAGAACAACUUACAAAAGUACGUCCCUGGAAUAUUUUAUACUGAUGAUGGACUUUUGAAGAGAUACAAACCGACAAGAAAAGAACUGCAUUACUUGGUCAAUAUUAUGUACAAAUUAGAAAGUCCAUAA